GCACUCCGUGCGAUGUCUCGGUAAAUGUCGUGUCGCGCAGACGAUGUCGCUGGUGACUUCGAAAGCGCGUAACUCAUUGACCCUAUUUUUAUUUGGGACAUCACGAAAGAAAAAUCAGUCACGAAAAAGAGCUGGAGAAGAAAAGAGUUCGCACAAAGGCGGAGGAAGGUACGCCUUUCAAAAUCUUUUCUUUCUCAAGACAGCGGGUCGAGAAAGAAACACAUGUUGGCAACAAAUUUCUGAAGUCCUUCUGUACACGCCCGUCUGCCCAUCCUCAAUUUAUUUUCUCUCUUUCUUUUUCUGGUUUGUGACAGGAAGGUGCGGGGAGAGAUUUGUUCUCUGACGUCUGUGACGUCCGUGCCUCUUAUCUGCUCCGGUGUAAAACACGGGCGGCGGUUUCCGCCACAGUCCGUCUCCCAAAUUUCGAAAUCAAAGCUAUCCUUCGCUUCUGUCGGUAGUUUCUCGCGGGACCUUAUUUACUUUGCCGCUGUUACCGAUUUCCCGUUGCCCCUUUGGACCGCUUAAAUUGGACCUUUGACAAAGCAGCGCUCGCCUCGAGCUGCAGCAACAACAACAAAACAGCAGACGACAGAAAAGCGAGGAGGAAAAAAAAAAAGAAAAGGAGAGGAGGACGACGUAAAAGAACGAGGCGGAAUCGUCCUCCUCUCCCCUUACGCCGUUCAUCUGUUGCGCCCGGUGCAUGCUGGGAUAGAGGCAACCUGCCGUCCGUUGUUGGUGCAGCGGGUACCGCAGUGAGGAGCGAAUGGUCCGCAUUUUUCGUCCUUCUUUUCGGAAUACCCGUCCCCAGGAGGUUUGACACCUCGAGGCGGCCGCCAAAGCUGCUCAGCCCGAGUUUAAACUACGCCUUCGCUCGCCCACAGUUUGACCAUGGUGGAUUACUACACUGUACUCAGCGUCCCCAGAAAUGCCAGCACGGAUGACAUUAAAAAAGCGUACAGAAAAUUGGCCCUAAAAUGGCAUCCGGACAAGAACCCAGACAAAAAGGAGGAGGCUGAGAGGCGGUUCAAGGAAAUCUCCGAAGCCUAUGAAGUCUUGUCUGAUGACAAGAAGCGCAAGGUUUACGACCGGUACGGCAAGGAGGGCCUCAACGGGACCGGGGGCAGCGGCAUGCGCCCGGGCCCCCGAAACCACCACCACUACGCCAACGGCGGCAUGGGGGGCAUGGGCUUCGAGGACGGCUUCGCCGCGCCCUUCUUCAGCUUCACCUUCAGGGACCCCGAGGAGGUGUUCCGGGAGUUCUUCGGCACGGACGCCUUCCACAUGUUCUUCGAGAACCCCUACUCGGCCACUGCUGGCCGGCCCGCCCACCACCACCCGGCCAGGCACGCGCACACGCACUCGCCUCUUCUGAGCCACCACCGGGCGAAUGUUGAGGGUGGCCGAAGGGCCGCGGGACGUAACCGUUCCGUGCACGGACAUCCAGCUGCGGCAGUGCACAGGAGAGACGACUUUUUCGCCAUUCCUAGCUUCAACAUGGGCUUUCCCAACAUCUUCAACGGUGCAUUCAACGACGGGUUCACCGCAUUCACAACGACGUCGACAUUCAGCGCGGACGUUGGAGCCACGCGGCCGGGCGUCCGCAAGACAACGACAUCCACGCGAUUUGUCAACGGGAAAAAGAUUGAAACCAGGAAGGUGAUGGAGAAUGGUGUAGAAACAGUGACGGUGCACGAAGACGGUGUCUUAACGAAAAAGACUGUCAACGGCCAAGUGCAAGCGCUGGGCUACAAGCAGAAGUGAUCAGGCAGGGGCCAUCCUCGCCCGCCCCUGUCCCGCAUUUGAUCCUCUGUGGGGUUCCCGUCGUCGCUGCGAACCCCGCCUUUCGGACAGAAGCUGCCUCUUCGAAGACUCAUAGUCUCGGACAAGAACGAGUGUGCUUGGGGUGCGUGUGUGUGUGUGUGCACAAGGGUUCGUCAUUGCCGACCAGGCCGAUUUCAACACGCGUCUUUUUUCUUUUUUUGCACAGAAAACAAAAUUUGUCGCUCGGAAAAAUCUGUGCCGAGCGUAUUUAUGUGUGGUUGUUUCUUGGGGACCAAAAUUUGUUUUGUUUUUUUCUUUUCUAGUUUGAGACAUUAACGGUUUGCACGAUCUGUUUUAGGCCACGUCCUUGACUCUGAUCCGAUUUGGCGAGCGCCAUGUUUCUCCAAAAUUGAAUUUUCUAGGGUACGUAGAGCAGGUGGGGCAUACGAGUUCGCCGACGUUGAUCUUGUGUAGUUUGCCAGUAUGCAGUCAGUAAAUGUUUUUCUAUACAAAACUUUCUAGUUUGUGAUGAAUGGCAAAAUGAUUGAUUGCAUGUUGUUGGGAGAAUCUCUUUUAAAAUGUGGGGUGUGCUGUUUCUAGUGCUCUAUACUUCAGCUGGGAGAAAUUGAACUAUGUAAAAGAGUUUUUGUGAGGAAGAAAAAGAACCGGUGUGUAAGGGCAAGCAUACUUUUGGUGUGUGUCGAGAACGUUAGGGAAAUCAGUGUUUGAGCUUUCAGUGAAACGGAGAUUUUGAGCUCUUGUCGCGACGAGACAAUGGGACCAGUUAUGUUGAGCAUAUUUAUUUCGCAACAUUUGUUUUCGCCUUCUGUUCCCUGCGGUACAAAUUAGAUAUCAUGCAUGCUUGUAUAGAUCACUUCCUCUUUUUUUCCCCUCAGCUUUGAUUGUAACUCAAGUGUAUAGAGCUGGAAUAGGCUGAGCAAUGCUUCUGUACAGUCUGUUGUUUUUCCUUUCACAAGUGCUGUAACAAGCACUUUUCUGAUCCCGAGAAUUGGUAAAAACAUUCCAGAUCACUAAUGUUGCCAAGUGUGAGCUUUUUUUUUCUUUUCUUUUCAUUGCCUUUGCUGAAGUAAGAGUAUGAAUACUAUUACCCUCUUUGCAGCAACCGUACAACACUGGUGUGUUAUUCUGAAGAAGAAAAAAAAGUAAAGAAACCCACAUACCUAGGACGAGCCUGGACAUUGUGGUUCUAUCUACCAUGUAAAUAAUAACCACUGCGAAAUUAGCAGCUUUUAAGUUAUGUUAACGAAUGUUUCUUCACUGUACACACCGCCGAGUGUAUUUUGUCAGUCGACUCCACUUUUGUUGUAGGAGUGUGCAGAUGUGUAAAUAAAACUAAUAUGUGAGGUGCCUUA